AUGCCUCCUUCGAAUACUUGUAAAGUCUUAAAUGAAAUUGAAAGGAACGAGAGAUAUGCCAGGCUCAAAGCCGAGUUGCUGAAAGAGUUUGAGUCGGAGCCGGAGCGCGUCGCCGGCAAGGCCUACAAGCAGGUUUUGAAGGGCGUUCUGGAUGUUCUGGCCAAGUUUGAAGAGUUCGAGGACAGGGUGAAGCUGAACGUGGAGAGCCUGAUACUCAUCGAGGACAUCGCUACCAGCGGCAAGUGCCGCUACCCCUGGAAGGUGGUCAAGGCGCUGCUGCUGCUGGUGUACAGCAAGCUCUUCGACGAGGUGUACUACGGCAACAAGAAGGCCGGCGAGGAGAACGUGCUCCCGCCUAACUCCAGGUCCUCAGACUGCAGCAACUCGCCCGAGGGCUCCGGCGAAGAGCCCGAGGUCGAGCGCAGAGUCGAGACUGAGGACGACUACAAGAAGGUGAAGCUGGACUCGCUGGUCUACAUCCUCGAGUUUAACCUGCCGCCGUUCACGCUGCAGAGGCUCUGCGAGAUCACGCUGAACCAGCCGUACCGGAUUUUCAAGAAGCUCUUCAACGCGUAUCGCAAGCUGUUCGCCGUGAGGAACAUUGAGUACGAGCCCGAGCAGCUUCCGCCCUUUCUGAGCCUGGGCGACUUUCCGAAGCUCGAGGCCGUGUCCAUGAACAUUCGCAACUGGGAGCGGCGCUACCUCGCCACCUUCAGGCCCGAGUGGAGCGAGGAGCUCCUGUCGGACAACUCCGAGGACGCCGACUCCUCGGACGAGCGCCGCCUCAAGAGGCAACGCGAGUAG